AUGACGUCCCUCGUUACCGACUUGCUGGUCAAUCCGGUACUUCGACAGGCACGCCGCUUUUCCCUCUCGCGCUCAUCGAACCCCUCCGAACCUGACCCGACUUUCAGAGCCGCACAGACAUAUCUGCACUCGCACGAGGAUGGUGUGAUAUCCGAAACCGAGGAGUGCUCCUCUCUACGUGAUGGUCCUGAAGAGAGCGUAUCCUCGCGGCGUUCUUCCCAUAGCUCCCUUCUCGUACGUUCGCAUAUCAAUGUAGCCCGUGCAGAGGAACACUGCAGCCAACCUGAAGAUACUGUAUUACCUACCACAUCCGCCACCUUGGCCGACAAUUCUCGUGUAUCCCGUUCACAGACCGAGUUAUCCUUUGUCAAUGGUUUCAAUAUGAGUACACCCGGGUUGCCACCUUCGCCCUUGAUGGGUGGCAUUGUACAGGACCACUCUCCACUCCCCGAAGAUGAUGGAAUGACUUUGCUGAGGAGACGUAUACUUGCCAUCCAGGCUAAGGAGAUUGGCCACUCAGAGAAAGCCCAUCUGAUGCACCAGCUGUUGAUAGAAGGGUACACGAAGUCGCGAUCGCGUGACCAAUAUGAACAACCGCUCCCCCCCUCGAGCCCUGGCUCACUAGAUAAACGAACAUCACCGAGCCAUGGGCCAUUAGAGUCUUUAAAGUUUUGGCAAAAUGCACCUGACGAUGCUGAAGAUGCUGAAAGUUUUGCGUUGACAGACAAGGAUCUGGAGCCUACAUUUGUGCCUAUCGAUGAAUCAACAGAACCUAUUAUAGGGGACGAUGAUAUUGAGUCUAAUGACGAGAGACUUCUCGGCUGUGAGCAUUACCGACGCAACGUCAAAUUACAGUGCUCGACAUGCAAUCGAUGGUAUACUUGCCGAUUCUGCCAUGACAUAGUGGAAGACCACAAUCUUAUUAGGAAAGAGACACAGAAUAUGCUGUGUAUGCUCUGCGGAACUGCUCAAAAGGCAAGCCAAACUUGCAUUUCCUGUGAGGCACUAGCGGCGAGAUAUUACUGCGACAUAUGCAAACUCUGGAAUGAUGACCCUGAUAAACCCUGUUAUCACUGCAAUGACUGCGGCAUUUGCCGGAUCGGUCGUGGUAUCGGAAAAGAUUUUUAUCAUUGCAAAAAAUGUUGUGCGUGCAUCGCAAUAGCUACUCGAUCAGGUCACAAAUGUAUCGAACGUGCCAUAGACUGUGAUUGCCCUAUAUGUGGUGAUUACAUGUUCACGUCUCCUAAGCCCGUAUGCUUUAUGAGGUGCGGGCAUAGCAUACACCGAGACUGUCUCGACGAACAUCAGAAGACUUCAUACAAGUGUCCCAUCUGCAACAAAAGUUUAGCUAAUAUGGAAUCACAAUUCCGCAAUCUGGACCUGUCUAUCCAAGCACAACCAAUGCCAACAGAAUUCAGCGGUGCCCGAGCAAUUGUUCUAUGCCACGAUUGCUCUGCUAAGAGUUCAACCAUUUAUCAUUGGCUUGGGUUAAAAUGCGGUGUUUGUCAAUCUUACAACACCGCUCAACUUCAGAUCAUCGGCCUAGAUGCUGAAACCUUGGAGACCGACUUGGUAGGACGUAGCACGCACGUUUCUGGAUUGACUGCUUCGGGAAACCCCAAUAUGAUUACAACGAGCGCUGGUGUGCGCGACAUGCGACGCCGUCACUCGUCCACAGCCACUGACUCGGCCUUUGUUAGUGCACAUAUAAGUUCGUUUCAUCCUAAUAGGCUGGCUCGCUCAGUAUCGCCUGUGCCCACCCCUGGGCGUUCGCUGCAUGCUUCCACAGUUGGAGGAUAUUUCGACCUGGAAGAAGAGGAGGAGGACGGCGAUAUACUUGGAUUCUGGAGUCGUUUGCCCCGUAGCAUAGCGAGCAAUGACGAGGAAGACGACGAUGAUGAUACCGCCGAUUCUAGUGACGAGAUGAGUUCAGACGGGGACAACGAUGCCGAUGAGGGAGAGGAGUCGGAAGACAAUGAUUUCGAAUUGCUGGGUCAUAGAUAG